GGGAAGAAAGUUAGGCCGAAGGCGGGGCCACGGAGAGGGAGAAGGAAGAGGCAAGGGCCGGGCGGCGACUGCUGUAGGUUGUGAGACGGCGGCGGCUGCGGCGGCGGCUCUCCCUGAGGUGGACGAUGGAUAGCCAGGGCAGGAAGGUGGUGGUGUGCGACAACGGAACCGGGUUUGUGAAGUGUGGAUAUGCAGGCUCUAACUUUCCAGAACACAUCUUCCCAGCUUUGGUUGGAAGACCUAUUAUCAGAUCAACCACCAAAGUGGGAAACAUUGAAAUCAAGAAUAACAAAAAGAUGGAUCUCAUGGUUGGUGAUGAGGCAAGUGAAUUACGAUCUAUGUUAGAAGUUAACUAUCCUAUGGAAAAUGGCAUUGUACGAAAUUGGGAUGACAUGAAACAUCUGUGGGAUUAUACCUUUGGACCAGAGAAACUUAACAUAGAUACCAGAAAUUGUAAAAUCUUACUCACAGAACCUCCUAUGAAUCCUACCAAAAACAGAGAGAAGAUUGUAGAGGUAAUGUUUGAAACUUACCAGUUUUCUGGUGUGUAUGUAGCCAUCCAGGCAGUUCUGACUUUGUAUGCUCAAGGUUUAUUGACUGGUGUAGUAGUGGAUUCUGGAGAUGGUGUAACUCACAUUUGCCCAGUGUAUGAAGGUUUUUCUCUCCCUCAUCUUACCAGGAGACUGGAUAUUGCUGGGAGAGAUAUUACCAGAUAUCUUAUCAAGCUGCUUCUGUUGAGAGGAUACGCCUUCAACCAUUCUGCUGAUUUUGAAACUGUUCGCAUGAUUAAAGAAAAACUGUGUUAUGUGGGAUACAAUAUUGAGCAGGAGCAGAAACUGGCGUUAGAAACCACAGUAUUAGUUGAAUCUUAUACACUCCCAGAUGGACGCAUUAUUAAAGUUGGGGGAGAGAGAUUUGAAGCACCAGAAGCUUUAUUUCAGCCUCAUUUGAUCAAUGUUGAGGGAGUCGGUGUUGCUGAAUUGCUAUUUAACACAAUCCAGGCGGCUGACAUUGAUACCAGAUCUGAGUUCUACAAGCACAUUGUGCUUUCUGGAGGAUCUACUAUGUAUCCUGGCCUGCCAUCAAGGUUGGAACGAGAACUUAAACAGCUUUACUUAGAAAGAGUUUUAAAAGGAGAUGUGGAAAAACUUUCUAAAUUUAAGAUUCGAAUUGAAGACCCACCUCGCAGAAAGCACAUGGUCUUCCUGGGUGGCGCAGUUCUAGCAGAUAUCAUGAAAGACAAAGACAACUUUUGGAUGACCCGACAGGAGUACCAAGAAAAGGGUGUCCGCGUGCUGGAAAAACUUGGUGUGACUGUUCGAUAAACUGCAAGGCUUGUUCCAAUCACACCCCUAACGCUUUCUUUCUUCCUUUAUUGCCAAUCUUUGAACUCAUUCAACUCCAGGACAUGAAGAGGCCUCUCUGUGCCCUUUGACUGAAAAGGUCAAGUUUUAUUCUGGUACCUUGGGGAAGGUUUGUUGGUUUUUUGUUUUUUUUUUUAAAUGAGUUAAUCUGGCUGUUUAAUAUAACCACUUCCCUGCAAACACAACCAGGGGGCAAAGGGUCCUGUCUGCUGCUUUGUUUCUUCUAAGUAGGCAUUUAGAUAAAUCCUAUAGGCUUCCUAUUUUCACUUUACUGCUCUAAUGUUGCUAGUUUUAGUCUUUAGCACAAUAGGUGGUAUGCCUUUAUUAGCAUAAGAAAAACUUUUACAUAUUACUGGGGUGGGGGGGUAGUGAGGGAUGGAUGGGUGGGCAGCCCUGAACCCUUUAGGGCUUUUCUCUGUAGUGUUGCGCUUUCUACAGUUACUGCUGCAGCUCUAAGUGCUUUAAAUCUUCUCCUAUUAACAUCCUAGGGAAAUGUUAAGCUCAGAACUAAAAUGAUUUUUUUGCCUGGUGGGGGGAGUAGGUAAUCUUUUGAUUGUGAUUUUUUUGAGGUUUUCUGCUGGAGGUAUAUAAAAUGAACCUUAUUUACAGUACUUUGAUUUGACAGAUUUUCUUCUUUUUGUCUGCCUGGAACUGUUUCCAUAUCAUAUUAAAAGCAAGUAUAUUAUUCCAUUACUAUGUGGCUUAGGGAUUUGUUUAUUUUGUUUAUUUCAAGUCACCCAUGUUACCUGGGACUAGACUCCCAGAAUCUAUCAGUGGAAAAGUAACAUUUAAAAUGCAUUUUUUAACUCAAAUUACAGAUAAAAAAAAAAUGCUUAAGAGCUGGUGUUUUCUAAAUGCUUAUUUAUUCCAGAAGCUUUAAGAUAACCCAUUGCCAAGUACCAUUCUUGCAAAUUUUCUCUUAUAUAACUGACCAGUGCUUAUUUAAUAAAACAAGCAGAUACAUGUAAAUAAUUACUGGCAGUAGGUUACAAUUACUGGUUAAAAAUAACAUUGGCAUAUGGGACUUGUUGCCAGUUGUAAUUUUCAUUUGUUUUUUGUUUGUUUGAUUUGAACCCUGGAAGUGGAAUAAAAUUUGACUAUUUAAAAUGUUGGCAAAAAAAAAAAAUAUCAAGGCUUAAAUGUGUAUUUGUACUGAAAACUAAUAACUGCCAAUUCUCAGCCAUCUUUUAUGCUUGAAAGAAGAGUGGUUGGAAUGUUGUGAAUGUUAGCAGACUUUCCUGCAUGUGUCAGAAAAUCCUAUUUAUGAAUCCUGUCAGUAUUGCUUGCUGUCUGAAAAAAUAUCAAAUCCAGGCGUGAGUUCUUUCUAAAUUUGAAAAAUAAUAAGAAAUUGUAUUAGGUUCUGUGGGGAAAUGUUUUCCUUUAAAACAUUCUUCACUAAUAAUGGGUUUGAAAUUUGAAAGAAAUGGUCUUUUCUUUUCUUUUCUGUGCUGAGGAUUGAACCAAGGACCUUGUGCAUGCAAGGCAAGCACUCAACUGGCGAGUUUAUAGCCCCCGCCCCAAGAAAUGGCUUAAUUUUUUGGUGGCUGAAAUCAGAAAAAUUGGCUCUCUUUUUUUAUGAGAAAAUUUAAAAGUUUGUGGAAUAAGCAAAAAAAGGUUAGUCUUAAUUAUGCAACUUCUGUUGUAUUGUUCACUGAUUUACCUCAGUUUGAACAAGUAAGUUUGUGUGCAUGCUGGAUAUGCUUCAGUACCUUUGAACAGCCCUUGAAGAAUGUCUACUAGAUUUUGGGAUGUGGCUUUCAGAGUCGCUUUGAAUUUUCAAGUAUUCGUAAAUAUGUUUUUUUAGAAAUUCUCCAACAUUUUGAGUCCUGGGCUUGUUAAAGGACACAUGUACUGUAUGUAGAAACAGUAGAACCUACUGACUGUUCAGUUCAGAUCAACUCUUGGCCUUUGGUCGUGAUUUUAAAAUACAGGAAUAGAAAACAACAAAGAAUAGGAUGGACUCUUAAGUAACAAAAAGAGUAUUUACGAAAUUGUCCCUUGAAUGUAGAUUUUGUUUUUAUUUCAUGAUUCUGCUACCAAACAUGACAGUUAAAAUGGUAUAUUUAUAUAUACGACACACAAUAAAAUUCCAUUUUAUAAUUUUCCUAUCUUAUUGAAGUGAUGCAUUUAAUAGUUUGGACGUUGGGAGGUAUUAUGUUUCAUUGGAGUUGUCAGAUGUGAGUCCCUCAGAAUUUUUUUUUUAAAUUCUGCUUUAAAACAAAUAUGAUUUAGCUCUUGAAACUCAUUGUCACUGAGAUUUCUAAUAGUAGUUAAAUUCUUUUACUUUAAAAUUAGAAUUGCCAAUGCCUUGAAGAAAAGGUUUCCUAGAAAACAUGGUAUUGGAUGGUAACUUUUACACAGUUCUGAGCACUGUCUGGAAAGUAUUUUGAAAAAUGAAUGGAAAAACUAAACAUUCUAAAUUUAACACAAAUACACUUCUUUUUGAUUCAGAAAAUAAAAUCAGAUUUUUCACAGUAAAUUCAA